GACUUUUCCACCCGCUACGAUUCGAUCCACAGGCGCGUGGAAUCUGCAGGGGUUUCCUCUCUGCUCUGGCAUCAGACAGAGGCAGACACAGACAGACAGACAGAGACAGACAGAGGCAGACAGACACAGACAGACAGAGGCAGACAGACACAGACAGGCAGAGGCAGAGACAGACAGGCAGAGGCAGACACAGACAGAGGCAGAGACAGACAGACACAGACAUCCGGAGAGUUUUUAGCGAACCGCAGGGAUGAACACUCUGCUGUCCCGGCUGAACGCUCUCUUUGCGUUCACUCUCACCGUCAUGGCGAGCGUGACGCUGCUCUGCUUCGCCAGCACCGCCUACCGCCAGCAGCAGCCGCUCCCCGAGCCACUGGGCAUCGCCAUCACCUCCGUGCUCGUGAAGAACGUGGAGGACUUCACGGGGCCGCGGGACAAGAGUGACCUCGGCUUCGUCACCUUCGACCUGAAGGCCGAGCUGCAGCCGCUGUUCAACUGGAACGUGAAGCAGCUGUUCCUGUACGUGACGGCCGAGUAUACGACGGCGGCCAACGCAGUGAACCAGGUGGUGCUGUGGGACCGCAUCAUGCUGCGAGGGGAGAACGCCUCCCUGCACUACCACAGCCUCCGCUCCAAAUACUUCUUCUUUGACGACGGCAACGGCCUGCGGGGUAACCCCAAGGUGUCUCUGUCCCUCUCGUGGAACGUCAUCCCCAACGCUGGAGUUCUGCCGCUCCUCUCGGGCAUUGGAGCCUCCUCGGUGCGCUUCCCAGACAGCUACGAGACCACCAAGAACUACUGAGCCACAUGCUCCUCACCACCACGCUCACCACCACGCUCACCACCACACUCGCCACCGCUCACCGCUCACGACACUCACCACGCUCACCAUUCACUACUCGCCACUCACAGACACUCACCACACACAGAGACCAAAAACUACUGAGCCAGACACUCACCACGCCCACCACCACUCACCACGCUCACCACUCUCCAGACACAAAAUCAAGAACUACUGACGAUCACUCGCUACGCAAACCCCACUCGCCACACACAGACC